UGAGAAACAACAGCAUGAAAAGUGAAAAAGUGGCGCAUGAAAUGUAAGCAUGGUGAAGCUGGUUUGUGAUGGUGCUGAAAGUGAGAAAUGAUGAGAAAGUGGUGAUCUAGAAGAACAACACAGAUGAAGGAUGGAAUAUGAGUAUUCUGCUUUCAGGAGGGAAGCUGAUACACACAAUACUUGUUGUGGUGGUUUAGUGUGGUGUAUUAAGGAUAUUUGUGGUAUCAUUUGUGCAAUUCUGACAUGGCUACUGAUACUUUAUGCCGAGUUUGUUGUUGUGAUGGUCAUUAUGGUUCCAAGUCCAUACCCUCUGUACAGCACAGUCAAUAUGAUUAUAUUUCAGACUUUUGCAUUCUUGGCCUUUGCUUCUCAUCUGAGAGCAAUGUUUACAGACCCAGGUGCAGUUCCAAAAGGAAAUGCCACAAAAGAGAUGAUCCAGCAAAUGGGUUUUCGAGAAGGUCAGGUUAUAUUCAAGUGCCCCAAGUGCUGUAGCAUCAAGCCAGAAAGAGCACAUCAUUGCUCUGUUUGCCAAAGAUGUAUUAGGAAGAUGGAUCACCAUUGUCCAUGGGUCAAUAACUGUGUUGGUGAAAACAAUCAAAAGUAUUUUGUGUUGUUUACGUUUUACAUUGCAGCAAUAUCGGUGCAUGCACUGUUCCUGUCAAUCAACCAGUUCAUCAUAUGUGUUCGCCAUGAGUGGAAGGACUGUUCUACUUACUCGCCUCCUGCCACUGUAGUUCUGCUGCUCUUCCUGGUCUUUGAAGCUCUUCUGUUUGCCAUAUUUACCGCUGUGAUGUUGGGAACACAGUUGCAAGCCAUCUGGAAUGAUGAAACGGGAAUUGAGCAACUGAAAAAGGAAGAGGCACGAUGGGUGAAGAAGUCGCGGUGGAAGAGCAUACAGGCAGUCUUUGGACGAUUUUCACUCGCCUGGUUCUCUCCAUUUACAAGGCCACCUUCUAAAUCAAAAGUUGAGAGCUACCUAUAUUCAGUCUGAAGCCCAAAGUCAGUGAGGUUACCUUGUCUUUUAAGCAACUAAUGACUUUUACAUUUUAAUCUGUGUAUACACAUGGCUGAAAGUUUAUAUUAAGAAUUCAUUGCAAAAAUUUUUAUGAGCUUUUCCAGACACCUGUAGUUUACCUGCUGUAAAGGCUCAGUGUUUUUUUCCUCUUGCCUAUUGAGCAAGAUUAUUGUAAGGAGUGACAUAAAACUGUGGUUGUUGUUCUCACUGAAAAAUAAUGUACUUUCAUUUCACAGUGACUUUUUGAUAACAUUACUGUUUUGGUGCUAAGAUCACAUUUGUACCCUUGUUCUCAUUGCCGCUGGUAUUGAAUACCUAAUGUCAGUAUGUAACUUUGGUCAUACUAGCCUACUCAUCUCCCCUCUUCUGCCUAUUGAAUGUGUAUCAUAGCAUCUGUCAUUUUGACUGUGCAGAGUAUAAUAAUUUCUAUAUGUCUUGUGCACUGGGAGCACCUUCGAUUGUAAUUUAAAAAGUGGAAAAUAACUAUCCCAAAUUAAACUAUGAAAUAUAGUUGAUAGAAAAGAGGUCUAACCAUGUUAGAUAGCUAUGUUUAAGCUGACAAAAUAUCAGUUGUGUGCAGAGUUUGCCCUAUAAACUUUUUUGAUCCACAAGUCGAAAGUAACUAAGUAAAUGUUACUUGUAAUCAUUUUUGGAUAACCCAGUGUACAGUGAUCCAUAUCUUGAAAUUGACUUCUGCAGAAUUUGAAUGAUUUCAGCAUGCCAUACUAUCAUGUAUUUACACACAGUGUGUGGGCUAAAUUACAAUCAGACUGCAAACAGUGAAAUAAGACAGAAUACAAAAAGAGUAAAAAACAACUUCUGUUUGUCUAGUUCCUACAUUAUUUAUUAUAUUGUGUUCUCUGUCAUGACAUUCCUGUCCCAGUGCGGUACAAAUCAAUGUUAUGGUAAAUACUUCUUUCAUAUCAUGAAUUUGUUGGAUUUGCCAUGUUUGUUCAGAAAUGGUUUGAACUACUGUGACAUGUUCCUGUAGUGGCCAUAUAUUUCUCAAAGCUGGCUUAUUGUAUGUAAGCACUCCUCAGAAAACAAAACGUACUCUUUCAUAAAACCAUCACAGUUUAUUGAAUUCCUUAGCCAUAUAUUUUUUAUCAUUUGUUAUAAUUGUAUACAAAGAAGACAUAGUCUUUAUUGCUGUCAUUGUGAAGGUGGCAGUAAAUAGUUUAGAACACAUCAAUAGUAUUACCUACUGACAGCAUAAUUCUCUAAACAGUGUAUAAUAUGUAUUUCCUAUUUUUGUACAGUUGUAUAUACUAAUUCUGUUAAAUAGCAAUGCUUUUUGUAUCCAACAAAGAAAAUUGGUAAAUGGCAUGACUGUGAUUUCCUCAUCUGUUUUAUUUGUUUUAUAUUAUAUGUUGAAUAAAUAUUGCCAACAAAUGUCAGUUCUUUUGGUACAGUAUAAAAGUAUUAUUUUUGACUGUAUACAUACAUUUCACAUCUUUGAUACAAAUAUGUUGUAAUAUUAAUUAUUCAAUUGAGGUUUCGCCAUCAUUUUCAGUUGCGUAAUAAAUGCCAUUAGAUAUUUCACUGUGGAUUUGAUAGCCAUCAUAUGUUGAGGGUGACAAGAUAUUAAGAAAAAAAUAUGUACUUGAGGGCAUUGGUGUGUGGUUCUCACAAAAGAAAGUAUUCAUGCCGUUCCCCAAAAUUUUAACAUUCCAUACUUUCCAGUAUCCUCUUCUUUCUCAGUACUGCCAGUGUGAUGUUAUGUUCAGUGGUGUAUAGUUAGUGUGUGUUUAUGCAAUAAGUACCUGCUUUCUGUAAUAUAUUUUGUGAUUAUAAAGCUAAGAGCUUUCAUACAUUCCUUAAAACAAAAUGAAAAAUUCAAAUCUCAGGAAUGAGUAUGAUUACAUAUGUAUUUAUUUUACUUGAAAGAUAUUAGUAAGAAGAUUGUCAUAGAUAGCUAAGCAAAAAUGUGUUAUAUUUCAGAACUAUCUCUCUUUGGAAUCUAAAGAGAAAACAAGGAAAUGUGUGGAAAGUAAAAUGGUUGUUAUGAGAAGAAUAUGCCAGUCAGAAAAGGAUCAGACUAGAAUGCUAGAUGUAAAAGAAAGUUGUGAGGAGGACAUACCAAAAUCUGUUAAUUGCUUGUGCAGCAUUCAUUCUACUUCAUAUUUAAUAUUUCUUUCAACUUUUUGGUUUUGAACUACUCAUCUUGUGUUUUAAUGUUUUCUAUGUAUUUUCUUUUUUCUUCUUCUCUUUUCAACACCCAAAAUGAAAACAUUUGGGCUGCAGUUCUUCACUGAUUUCUUUGAAUAAUACCACCGGCAUCAUGCACUUGUGUAUUGUUAGAGUAUAGUAUUUUCUGUGACCCUGGGCAGUAAAAUUUCACUGAUAUGUAUUUUGGAAGAUUUCAUAGAAUGGCUUUGUCUAAGUAGUAAAAAUGAUGAAUACACAUAUAUCACUUCACAUACUAAUGCUUUUAAACCUUUUUAACUAAUUUCAAUUACUAAAGACAUCAGUUUUGCUAUUGAUUGUGAGGACCAGCUCUGAGAUUUAUUUGUCAGCAAGACCUUACAAACUCUUCCUUGUGUUACUCUGACUCGUGCCCCCCUCCCCCCCCCCCUUUCCCAAAUUCCACUCCACUCUCCUCUCCUCAAAAAUGAUAAAGCUGUCCUCAGUGAUGCUGUACUAGGCAUGGCCCUGUUGCCUUCCUUCACUCUUUGAACUGACUUGACCAGCUACAGUUUAAGUGCUCUCUGAACUAUGGUGAAGCUCCUAAUUUUUUGUGCUAACAAACAUUACAAGUUGUAAAACUCAGUGCACUGACUGGGGAUUGAACCUCGGAACUUUGGACUGAUAGACACACCUACUCACUGAACCACGCAAAACUACACCCCCCCUCCCAAAAAAAAGGCCCAAAGAGUGAAAGCUGUUAAUUCUAUCUGAUUCGUUCUAGAUUUCAUCACCCCAAUAAUUACUGUUUCAUUGGCAUAUAAUUGCACACUUGUUAAAAGAUUUUUGGAUAAAGAUAAACAACCUUUAUUGAUAAUUCUAACUUCUCUAUAACAGUUUGUGUUUUGAGAGCUCUCCACUUGUCACUUGCUCUGUGUGUACUGUUCUCUCGCAGUGAAGAUGGGAAUCUCUUUUCAAAGUUUUCAUUGUUUUGCCUCAAACAGCAACCUCAUUUACUCCUUUCACUUUGUCCUCCCUAAUUUUUCUAAAUGUUACUACAGUUCUCUGCUAUUGUUUAUCCAUUGCUAGUUUUUAUUUUAUUUUAUGCCUUGUUCUUCUCUGCUGUCUUUUAAACACUUAUUUGCCUACUUUUUACUUGCUUGCUUUUUUAACUUUGUUUCUAGUUUUCCUUUACAUAGUUUUAACAGUUUUUAUCUUUAUUCUUUUUUUUCUUUUUCUUAUAUAAGUGUGAAGUUUCUAUGUUGCUAAUGUUUUAUGUAGGACAAUAAAAAGUGUAUCAUUAUUGUAGUAUUAUUGUAACUAGAUUUUUGUAUUUAUCCUUAACUUCUGUUUCAUUUUACGUUUAAUUAUCAAUUUAUAAUUUUUGUUGUGUUUCAUGCGAUAUACUUGCUGCUUCAAUGCACCUUCUCCAGACUGUUGAACUUCUUGAUAGCACAUCCUCACGUUAAUUAUCUGUACCUGGUAUAUGUCUGUUAUGGCUGAAAAUGAAAGAAGUUUUUGUUGCAGAAUGUUAGACACAGAAUUAGCAUGUGUAAUUUGUAUCACCAUAAGCUUAAUAACAGUAGUAAUUAUUGUCUUGGUAUAUAGGGGGCAUUCAAAAAGAAAUGAGCCGUAUGCUAUAAAGUGAAAACCCCUGAAUGGAUCAUAAUGCCAUUGCCUAUGGGGGAAGCUGUCCUUCGUAUAAGAGUGCGAGUCACGAAACUCACUAUAAAGGACAUGGGCUUGUACCCAGUGAUGAGAGAGUGAGGAUUUGCAUGCUUUAUUGUUCACACCUCAAUAGUGGUGAAAAUAAAGAAAUGGAGACUGCAAAAGAAGAGUAAAGGUGUGUAGUGCAUUUCCUUACAGUCUAAAGAGUGUCUAGAAUGGAAAUUUGCUGCAAAAUAGAACAAGGGUACGGAGAACACUGCAUGUCCAUUGCAAGGGUCAAGUCAUGGCACAAGGGAUUCAAGGAAAGACAGAAAUCAUUGGCUGGUGUCACAUCAUCUGGAAUGCCACACCAGUUUACCAGUACCAUUGUCCAGCAGAUGGAUGCCCUCGUUACUGAAGACCAGCGAGUUAUAUGGCAGCCAUUGCCCCAGAGCUCAGGUUGAACAUUCGAAGUGCAAUAGAUAUGCAGUGCCCUCUGUACACUUGUGCCAUUCUUCGAUGAAUUUCUGUUCCCUACAUUCCUUCCACUCUCAGGAAAUAUGCUACCCCCUUUCCUCUUCUUUUGAAACCUCAAUUUCUUUAUUUACACCAAUACAGAAUGCAAUGGAUGGUUGAUAUGUGCAUGUACCCACCCUUUUGUCACAAGAGCAUGUGCCUGUGUCCCUUUAGCAGUGAGUUUGGCACCUCAGAGCUCUUAUAGGUACAAAACCUUGUCUGUAGGAUAUGACAGUACAAUCUCUUCAGCGGUUUUCAUUUUAUGGCCUCCGGUUCAUUUAUUUUUGAAUGCUCCAUAGAGCAGUAAAUGAUUAUAUCAUGUCAUCAGAAUAACAUCUUGAUAAUUGAGUAUCUGUUGCUUCCACAGUUGUUUGUUAAUGGAAAUUACUCAGUUUUUCAUAUACCUUUGGUUUUUUUCGCAGUAUUUGUUUUUGAUUAUACUACCCUAAUGCGAAUAACUUUUGCUUUAGUUUCAUUGCUAUAUUGUCAUCAUCACCACCAUUAAAUCCAUUUAAUGAAAACUACAAAUACUAAACAUACGCAUGGAAGAUACUGUUUGUGUAAUUUUAAGAUUGCCUGUACAGGGACUGUGAAAAGUCUUUGUAAUAUUUCUUAGAACUAAUGUCUACAUUCUGCUUGAAAUUAUUAAGUUACAUCGUUUUUUCCCUUAUUGCACUGUAAUUUUAGACAAAAGUCUUUACAUCCAACACAGUCAGCUGAUAUUAGAUCAAGUGAUUUAUUUUUACUUAUCUCUAUGUAUUAUCAAUUGAAAAUGGCCACAUUAGACAUAGUAUUGUGUCUCACAAUUACAGCCAAAUAAAGGGGGAAAAGGUGUCACUUAACCUUGAAUGCCGUAUACUACUUGUCCAUAUGGCAAGAAGAGAUCACUAUCAGUUAAAGUGGGCUAGGCAUGGCUGCUUCAUGUGCCUGAUCUGAAAAAUCGUGAGAUGUGGAAAUUGGAAAUUUUUGGUAAGGUGUUAUGGGAUCAAACUGAUGAGGUCAUCAGUCCCUAAGCUUAUGCACUAUUUAAUCUUACUUAAACUUAACUUAUGCUAAGGACAACACACACAUAAAAAGUGGCUGGUUGCCGUAUUUUUUCAGUGAAAUAACACACAUCCAUGCCCGAGGGAGGACUCGAACCUCGAACAGGGGGAGCCGUGCCAUGAGAUGUGAUAAUGUUCAUAAGUCUAAGGCUUUCAGUCAGUGUUGUGACUUUGCAUUUGAAAGCUGGCUACAGUGCUGCCAGCUGUCAGGGAUCUUUUCUCGUCAUAUAAGAGAAGUGCACACUGAGCUGUUAUCAGCAUCCCCCGCCACUACAGUCAUUUUGUUUAAGUCUUUCUUUGAUGGAACCUUCAUUUGUGAAAUUUUUGUUCAACUAUCUUUCCUGGUCUUAUUAUUCAUCAUCCUAUAAAUAGCUAAAUUGUUUAACAUCUGUCUCCAUACAGGGAACAGUUAUUGAAAUAUCUGUUGAAUAGGGGUUUCAGUUUGGGACCGAAGAGCAUAUUUGUCUAGGUAAACCUUUACUUCGUAUUGUGGAAUUUAUUGUAACUUGCAUUCUUUUAAACUUGUUGUAAUUUCUAACUGAUCGUUGGAAGCCAUCUUAUGUGUUUUGUAUAACAGUGGCAUCAUCUGUGUAUAAAAGGAUAUUUACUACUCCUAUUGUAAGAUUUACUUUUCUUCACUUUUUUUCUUUUUUACAAUAUUAUGUAGUGCUUGGGUGUUUUUAAUCCAUUUUUUUUAGUCUUCCAGUAGCAAGAACAUUAUAUGCAGUUUCUUGUAUGCUUUUUACAAACUCGGUCAGUAUGUUGGAGGAAAUUCAUGGCAGUUGUUUCUUCAAAAUUUUUCUUUUAUUUUCUUUUUUCAUAUAACUUUAUAAGCUUUUUUCUGCACAGUUGUGUUGUCCCUAUUCUUCAUUAUUGUCAGUCUUUGAUUUUGUUCAGCUAAAUAAUUUUUAGUCUAUUCUUGCAUAGCUGUGAUAUUUGUUCACCUUGCAGGUGAUAUAUUUUAUAAUUUCUUUCCGUGCUCUUCAUUUUUUUUCUUUUUCUUUUCUUUUCAUGGUCUCAGUCUGACAAAUUAUGGGUCGAUGUAUUAGGGAAGCUAUUUUAGUCCUCUAUAAAGAUUUUGGUGUCUUUCAAUGAGCCCUUCAUCACACUAUGAUGUAAUGAAGAAGUUUCAUACCAUUUAGCUGUGAAGGUAUCUUUAAUGUUUUGUGGACUUAAAGGCUCAAAUAUAUGCUCUUGGCCACUUCUAGCACUGUUGCCCCAAAGAUGCCCAUUACUCUUUGUUAUUAACCUUUAAAUCUUCAGCUUAACAAGCAUUCAUAAACCACGGUUUUGUUUAGCAAUUUUUUUGUGCCUUAUACAGUUUUCUGUGUCCUCAAAUUCUUCCCAGAUCUGAAGCAUAAACUUAUCAGCUGUUGUAUAAUCUGUAUUUUUAGCCAUUAUUGUUAUCAUCACUAGGUUAUUUGAAUACUUCAGCAUAAAGAAGACCACACACACACACACACACACACACACACACACACACACACACACACACACACACACACACACAUCCCUAUGCCCCUACAUGAUGCCGACUGGACACACAAUGCCAGUAUUGCAGUUUGGUAGUUGCACUAGGUUGAGGUGGGGUUGUGCUAGGUGGGUGGGUAGAGGAAGAGAGACACAGGAGCAAACUAUAACUAUAUGAGUAACCCUUAUCCUUUUAUUAUUAUUAUUAUUAUUAUUAUUAUUAUUAAUUUCAGCUUAUUAAUUAUUUGAUACUCUAUAUGCAGCUCUUCUAGUUUUCACCAUUACAAAAUUUUGAAAUCCUUUGAUCCCUUUUAAUACAUUUUUCUCAUUCCCCUAUGAACUACUCUCUUUUCCUCAUGCAAUCCUCUAACAUUCCAUAACAAGUGAGAUGAUGCAGUAGUUUAGAACCUAGUCUCACAUUUUGAAGGAAUACAUUACAAAUACCCAGCCAUCUACCAUGUAGACUUAGGUUUUCCAUGGUUUUGUUGGAUUGUUUAAGAUGAAUACUAUGUUAAUUUCUUUGAACUUACCAUGGUUGAUCCCUUCCCAAAAUUGUUCUGUACGAACUGAUUCAAUGUCUCUGAUGACCUUGACUCUAAUAGUCAACCAUUCCAUAUACCCACAUAUAUUACCUGAGACACUCAGUCCCUUAACCUUUCAUUGCCGUGUCAUCUUCUUUGAGGUAAGUCCAGAUUUUUUUUUUUCUGAAUAGCUUGUGAGAGAUGGUCAAGUCCCUUGCACUUAUUAGUAUCCAGUGCCAGAGUAUAUGUUGGGUGAGGCUGCAACCCUAGAACCUCAUGUCAUUCACUGGUUUGUGUGAUUGUCCCUUCUCUAGACGAGCUGAUUUUCAUUAUAGUUGUGAUGUGGCAUCUAUUCCUACAUUGCUACUGUACUAAUCCCAAUACCAGGCUGCCUCUUCCACUAGGUAUGCUAAGACAUCUCAUGCUUCUUUAGGGUAAUCUCAUAAUGAAAAAUUUGCAACUUACAGAUCACUGAAGUAAAAAUCUAUGUUUGUAAUUUACGUAUCCUUUAUAGGGAGCAGUUUACAGAAAUGCUUUAUUACUGUUUUAAACUUGAGUGGUCAGUAAUAUUAAAGAUAAGCUUAUUUCAGGAUAGUUGGACUGUUGAAAAUUCAAACAUCCCGCAUAAAAGAUUGUGCUCCGUGUGAUCUGUUUGCGUCAUGACAUUUUCCAGCAGCCCUCUAGGUACAUGAUAGUGUAGAACACUAAUGGCAAGAAAACUUGACUGAUUACCAUUCAUGUUGCUGUUGUGAUACUUUCCAGUUUCAGCUGUCAAAAAUGGCUGUUGUGUGAGGUUCAUGCCACUGUGGCAUUGUAGCCCUGCUGUCACCUACUGCCAAUCCCUGUAAGAAUUUAUUUACACCUUUUCCAUUAAAUGUUCAAAUGAUAUUGACUGAUAUUUGUAGGUAGAAGAAUGCACUUAAAAUAUCCACAUUCAGUUAUAUGACAUAAAAUAUCCACAUUCAGUUAUAUGACAUAAAAUAUCCACGUUCAGUUUUGACAUCUUGCAUUUAUAUGUGUGAAUUAGUAAUUGACAUGCAUUGUCAGCUUUUAUGCUCAGUGCUGCAUGUAGCUGUUUUUUUCUGAAGCUUUGAACUUGGAGGCUUUUGCAAUGGCAUUUAGAUGUACUGCAGUCCAUUAUUUAGACGUUAUGCCUGUAGUGUGUUCUUGUUAUUUCCUUUGUCAGCUGUACCAUUUUUCUACACGUUUUCUUUUCUCUCUCUAGUUUCCAGCUCUGGAAUCUUAAUACUCACCAUCUUCUUUUGUGUGGUAUAGCUAAAUGUGUUGUAGUUUAACAGUAUUUGACUGGUACAGUGUUUAUGAAUACAUAUAAAAGUCACCAUUAAACUAUAGACUUUGACAUAGUAUACAUAUUUAUUCUGUGUUCUAGAUAUUGUUAUUGUACCAUGCAUUAAAAAUGUUACACAUGUGCCUAGUUAGUUGAAAAGAUAUUAUCAGAUCUCAUUUUUGUAGUGACAAACUAUUUUUUGAUGGGUUUAACAGUUUUUUAAUAUUAUAUUACUGGAACAUCUCUGUGGACCAAUUGAUUUUGAAUUUUUUAAUCUCUGUGUACAUGUGACACAGUAACAAGAAAAUUGUUGAGCUAUAUUUUAUUCUAAAGUCUGUAACAUCUCUUUGCAGUUAGCAGAGAUUAAGGGACACAUACCUGUACAUGUGCUGUUUCAAUUGAAUUUUGAGAUCUGUUAGUUCAUUUUUCUUUGUAUGUAGAUUAAGGUUGAUGACAAUCAUAAUGUUAAAGAUGAGAUGCAAGCACUGGUGAUUUUAUGCAUAGGUUUGUGAAUGAAAAAGCGGCCCAGAAAAAGAAAUAUCAGCUGAUGAGCUACUGAAUAAAUCAGAUUUCCUUGGAGUUUCUUAACUGAAUGCUCCUUUCUUAGAGACCACUUGCUGACAAAAUGGCAAAGUGAAGUGUUUAACAAUCAUUCAGCUACUUGCUGUGGUAGUAGAAUGUGGUUCUUUAUACUGCAAUGUAGCAUUAUAGAAGUGAUUACUGAGCAUGAAAACUUGUAUGCGUCUGUAGUAAAAUAAUUAACUGACAAUGAAAAUAAUGCGUGACCCAGGCAACUUGAGAUGGCAUGCCAAUCCUGGAUGGAUGUACAUAAUUUUUAAAGAAAAUCAAUGUAUUUAAAGGCAGGACUUGAACUCUGUGUAGCUGAAUACAGUGUUUCGGGAAGCAGAAUAAAUGAAACGAAAAAAGAGUGACAAUUACUUCAAAAAAUAAUGGGACAAAAAACAGGUGGAAAGGAAGUUACAAAAGAAACAACUUAGAAUUUUACAGGAAUAUUUCGACACACACACACACACACACACACACACACACACACACACACACACAGCAAAAUUGUAUGUAACAAAUUUUCAGUGCCAGUACGUAGGCACAAAAAGAACCAAAAUAAAAGGAUCAGUGACACUCAUAAACACCUAAAAGAGAAGGUUAUAUCAGAUGAAGACAUUCUAUAUGGGAAAAGAUGAAGAACAAAUGCUACAUUUUCAAAGUAGCAGAGCUGAUGAAUGGAGGAAAUAUCAGAAAUGAGGGAAAAUAAUGGCAAUAGAAAGAAUAUGUCUUGAAUAUUUCACAAUCUGGAGUUGGUCAGAUGUGAAUCAACAAGAAGGAAAACAGUUUAGUACUGAUAAGAAAAUUUACUUCUAGAAUGAAAUUUGUCAUUAAAAAGUAAACCUUGAGAACUUUAUAACAGUCUAUGUAAGACCAAGUUUCCAGAACAUUACAUGCCGCUGCAGGGAGAAACAUUAUGCAAAAAAAUAUUGUAGAAUAACACGUUUUAAUUAGUGCAUGACUUUUUCCAUUGGUGGCAAAUUGACUAUUUGGUGUAGACCUGGCAGGAAUGUGCAAAGUAAAUUGUGAUAAAUUUCGAACUUUAAAAUCUGUGGAGAAAACAAAGUAAACAAGAGUAAUGAUGAUGUACUGGCUGCAAACUUAGAUCAAGAGGAUAAUGGUGAGCAGAUAUGUAGUCUCCUGCCAUUUCACAACAAAGAAAUAAAAUCUUUUGUGUGUCUGCUAAGGAAGGAACAACUCUUAAUUAGCUCCUGGGUAAAACAUUCACGAAACGUCUUGAUUUUAUCAUUUUUAUGUUAUAUUCUUCUUAGUGUGAAACGAAUUGCCAUGUUACCAAGUUAAAAUUCCCACUGGAGUAGACAGUGCUGCAUUGGCAAAAUUUAAUUUUAGAACAACAUUUAUGUUUAUUCUAAUGUAACUAAAUGUUGUAAUGUCUAGCUGGUGUAUUUCUAUGUUGUCAACACACUGCUGGGUGUAAGCUUAACAGUAUAUUUACCAUAAAACACUGUAGAGUGUUGUGUCUCAAAAUUGUGAACGUACAUAAGUUUCUGUUAUAUGUCUACAGAACUGAUAUCUUUUAGUUUUAGUUAUCAUAAUUUGUGCUUUUAUUGCAAUAUAAUGGCUGUUACAACUGUGCAUAAGCUAGAAAGUAACUAAGUUUAAACUGGGAUUUCAUGUGCUACUAAAAUUAAUUGUCGGUGGUUUGGAGAAUGAAGUUUGUCAGAAUAGUUGCAGGUUAUGGUAGAUGAAAGCCUGUUCCCAGAGAACUUAUAAAGUGAAAAUCUCAUUUAUGUGAGGUAAUUGGUGCUGUUUGCUUACGUGCAGCACAGUGUUGAAAACAGGUUUUGAAAACUAGUACAACAGUAAUAUUGCCAGAUUUUGAAAUUCAUCAGAAACUGUAAGAGUAAUACAAGAAUCACCAGUUAAGUAGAGGCAAAAUGUGACCAUCUCAUUUUAACCAGCACAAAAGCUGAUCACAGGGCUUCAUCCAGUAAGAAGAACAGUGCUGCAUACUGCCUGAGCACCAUAUGCCUACAAUAACUUGUCACUUGUGAUACAUACUGGGAGUGAAGGAACAGGUGUAAUCCACUCCCAGUGCUCCUGUGUGAAGUGUAAAGUUAUAGGGCAUAUGUGCUACUGUAACCUCUUUAAGCAAAUGUAAUUUUAACUAGUCAUAUCAGGAAAAUAUGACGACUCACCAUGUAGAUGAAGGAUUGAUCACUGAAGAAAGGUGAUGAACUCAAGUUCCUCAUCAUUGAACUCGCAUUCAUCAUGAAUGUGAAUAAGCUCUCUCUCUCUCUCUCUCUCUCUCUCUCUCUCUCUCUCUCUCUCUCUCUCUGAUGUGUGUGUGUGUGUGUGUGUGUGUGUGUGUGUGUGGGCGCGCGCGCGCGUGGGUGCAUGUGCGCGCGUGCUGCUCAAGCCUUCCUCUACUAGUGAGUGGUUGUCAUCUUUGCUUAUAUCAGUGUUAAUAUUCUGACUAGGGUUGACCGAUUCAUGAUGGAAAUAAAUAAAACCAUAUGCGCAUCGUUUCCUUGCUAUACACCCAAUUCUUUGAGCAUCAGUUAUUUUGUAUCACUGUAAUUAACCUGAGGGCUGUGUGCCACUCUCUGAUCAUAAUAUGUUACGUUUUAGCAGCUGUCUCUUCUUUCUGUUUGAGACACUCUUCCUAUUAUUCACCAGUAAAAUAAGAGCUUGUGAUGAUUUGUGGUGUCAUACUUACUGGUCAUUCACAUUUUUAAUGGUUGUGUAAUAGAACAAAUUCAUAUCAUGAAGUGUAUUCUGUAUUUAAUGAAAAGAUAACCAUUUAACAGUAUUAAAAAUGCUGUGCUUUAAAGAA